AUUAUUUACAGUAACCAAAAAAAGACUGCUGAAAAUGAUGCUUCUAGAGCUAAUAAUGACGAAGAUUCCAAGUCGAAGAAAGUAAAUGAUAAGAACAAAAUGACUAUAGUAAAGCGUAAUGAAAAUGAGGAUCUUGAUCAAUAA